CCCCAGAGUUUCUCGGGCCCAGGCUCCCGCUCGGCGGCGGAGGUCCUGGCCUAGGAGGUUCUCGCAGUGAACGGGAGUCGGGAGGCGUCAGGCUGGUCCGGCGAGAGUGGUGCAGUCAGGAUUGGAAGAGAUGCCAGCCCCAGCUGCUACAUAUGAGAGAACAGUUUACAAAAAUCCCUCUGAGCACCACUACAUGAAAGUCUGCCUAGAAUUUCAAGAACAUGGGGUUGGACUGAAUGUUGCACAGUUCAAACAGCUGCUUAUUUCAGCCCUGAGGGACCUAUUUGGAGAGGAUGACGCUGCCUUACCCUUGGACAUCCUAACCUACGAAGAGGAGACCUUGUCAGCCAUCUUGAGAAUAUGUAGCAGUGGUCUUGUCAGAUUGUGGAGCUCUUUGACCCUGUUCGGAUCCUAUAAAGGCAAGAAAUGUGCCUUCAGAGUGAUUCAGGUUUCUCCAUUUCUCCUUGCAUUGUCUGGUAAUAGUAGGGAACUAGUAUUGGAUUGAAUAGUCUUCAAUUUCAGAAACAUUCCUCCGCUCUCAAAACUAUCUUUUGGUGGCAGCAUAAUGCUUGAUGACUGAAACAGGCUCAGUGCUCCUGUUGAUGGAAUUUGAGGGUGCC